GAGAAUUGCAAAGAUUGACCAUGCUAGAGCAAAAGGUAUAUUUAUUUCAAUGAUGUCACUUCUUCCAAGAUAUUUCCACUCACUCAGCGAGAUUCUUGCUAAAUUAGAGGAAGAAUUAGCAAGAAUCCUACUAAGUAUGCUCGUUGAUGUCAUUCUUUUAGAGAUCGAGAGAGGGAAGCCAAGUGAGGAGGAGAGAGAUGGUGGACAUAGUC